AUGAGCGCCAUUGAUCAGAUUGAGAACCUUAUUAACUCCCUUGAGACGGAAUUAGGCAUUGAAGCUACUGGACCUAUUGCUAAUAAUCAUAAUGAUAGUAACAAGCAACAGGAUCAAGGCAAGACGACAAUGAUGAAGAAAACGACGACGAAGAAGAAUUGGAAACAGUCUACAGAAGUAUCAAAUUUGACUCAACCUGAAAUUACAAAACUCGAUAUUCGUGUCGGUCAGAUUCUAAAAGUCUGGAAACAUGAGAGUGCUACAAAACUUUAUUGUGAAGAAAUUGACGUUGGAGAAGAAAAACCGCGUCAAAUUGCUAGUGGACUUGUUCCUUAUUAUUCACUUGAAGAAAUGCAAGGACAGCGUGUGGUUGUUGUAUGUAAUCUAAAACCACGGAAUCUUGUGAAUUUUUCUAGUCAUGGAAUGGUCCUAUGUGGUGUUUUAGCAAUGGAAAAUCAAGAGGAAAAGGUCGUGUUUGUGACACCACCUGAUGGUGCAAAGAUUGGUGAACGUAUUACAUUUCAAGGUCUUGAAGGUGAUCCUUUGUCUCCUGCACAGGUGGAAAAGAGAAAAGUGCUUUUAAUGGCUGGAAACGAGAUGAAGACGGAUGAUAAUGGGGUUGCAAAGUGGAAAGAUCAUGUGUUUUGUACGUCAGCAGGUCCAUGUAUCGCUUCUGUGAAGAAUGGUGUGAUUAGAUAA